CAAUGCACCCAUUCAGAAUGAGCGAUGUUGUGAUUGACGGAGGAAUGUCCAAUCUAAUUGGGCCAGAAUGGGUGACGCACCCAGGAAAGGCGUCAUUACAAGGGCAGGCCGUGCGAUGAAUGGCUUAGAUUCGGAUGAUUGGCGGUAGAUCUGGCGAGUGGGAUGUGCCCGGUUAUCCGGCGGGCCUAGGGUGUGAGCGGAAGCGCAGGCCUCAGGCGCUGGGAGUGAAUCAGUCCCCGAGCGGCGCAAUGGGGAACCGGGGGAUGGAGGAUCUGAUCCCGCUGGUUAACAAGCUGCAGGACGCUUUCAGCUCCAUCGGUCAGAGCUGUAAUCUCGACCUGCCGCAGAUCGCCGUCGUGGGAGGGCAAAGCGCCGGCAAAAGCUCGGUGUUGGAGAACUUCGUCGGCAGGGAUUUUCUUCCUCGUGGGUCUGGAAUUGUUACUCGCCGGCCGCUCGUUCUGCAGCUCAUCAAUGCAAAAACGGAACAUGCCGAAUUUCUGCACUGCAAAGGGAAGAAGUUUACAGAUUUUGAGGAGGUUCGACAGGAAAUUGAAGCAGAGACGGACAGAGUUACAGGGAGCAAUAAAGGAAUCUCGCCAAUUCCGAUCAACCUGCGAGUGCAUUCUCCAAAUGUUUUAAACCUGACAUUGAUUGAUUUACCGGGUAUCACCAAGGUUCCAGUUGGUGACCAGCCAGCUGACAUAGAACACCAGAUCAAAGAAAUGAUUAUGCAGUUUAUCAGCAAAGAGAACUGUCUUAUACUGGCUGUCACUCCAGCAAACUCUGACCUCGCCAAUUCAGAUGCACUCAAGCUUGCCAAGGAGGUUGACCCACAAGGUUUGAGGGUGAUCGGUGUGAUCACAAAACUGGAUCUAAUGGACGAAGGGACUGAUGCUCGGGAUAUCCUGGAAAACCGGCUGCUGCCUCUUCGCAGGGGCUACAUUGGUGUUGUGAACAGAAGUCAAAAAGAUAUUGAUGGUAAGAAGGACAUCUGUGCAGCCAUAGCGGCUGAGCGGAAGUUUUUCCUGUCUCACCCCUCAUAUCGCCAUAUGGCUGAUCGCAUGGGGACCCCACACUUGCAGAAGAUACUCAACCAGCAAUUGACGAAUCACAUCCGUGAAACCUUGCCUGCACUGAGGAACAAGUUACAGAGUCAGAUGCUAUCCCUGGAGAAAGAGGUUGAGGAAUAUAAAAACUUUAGACCAGAUGAUCCCACCAGGAAAACCAAGGCACUUCUCCAGAUGGUGCAGCAAUUUGGAGUGGACUUUGAGAAGAGAAUUGAAGGCUCGGGUGACCAAGUGGAUACAGUGGAACUAUCUGGAGGUGCAAGAAUUAAUCGCAUCUUCCAUGAACGAUUUCCAUUUGAGCUAGUGAAGAUGGAAUUUGAUGAAAAAGAGCUGCGAAGAGAAAUCAGCUACGCAAUCAAAAAUAUCCAUGGUGUCAGAACGGGGCUGUUCACCCCAGACUUGGCAUUUGACGCAAUAGUGAAAAAGCAGGUGGUGAAGCUGAAAGCACCGUGUUUGAAGUGUGUGGACAUGGUUAUCCAGGAGUUGGUAAACACUGUCAGACAGUGCACACUCAAGCUCAACUCCUUUCCUAGGUUACGAGAGGAGACAGAGAGGAUCGUAACCACUCACGUCCGAGAUCGCGAGGGGAAGACCAAGGAUCAGAUCCUUUUGUUGAUUGACAUCGAACUGUCCUAUAUCAACACAAACCACGAGGACUUCAUCGGAUUUGCAAAUGCACAGCAGAGGAGCAGCCAGUUAACAAAGAAACGAGCAGUUCCAAACCAGGUUAUUCGUAGGGGUUGGAUCACCAUCAACAACAUCAGCAUCAUGAAGGGUGGCUCCAAGGAAUAUUGGUUUGUGUUAACGGCUGAGUCAUUGUCUUGGUACAAAGAUGAAGAGGAGAAGGAGAAGAAGUACAUGUUGCCACUUGAUAACCUGAAGCUGAAGGAUGUGGAGAAAGGUUUCAUGUCCACCAAACAUGUCUUUGCAAUCUUCAAUACAGAGCACAGAAAUGUUUAUAAAGACUACCGCCAAAUUGAAUUGGCAUGUGAGUCCCAGGAGGAUGUGGACAGUUGGAAAGCAUCAUUCCUGAGGGCGGGGGUCUAUCCAGAGAGGGAGAAUGCUGAAAAUGAUGAGGGGGGCAGCAGUCCAGAUACAUUUUCAAUGGACCCACAGCUGGAGCGACAGGUUGAAACGAUCCGUAACCUGGUAGAUUCCUACAUGGGAAUCGUCAAUAAAUCGAUCAGGGAUCUGAUGCCAAAGACCAUCAUGCACCUCAUGAUCAACAACACCAAGGAUUUUAUCCACUCGGAGCUACUAGCUUUCCUGUACUCGUCCACUGACCAAAGCAGCUUAAUGGAGGAGUCGGCUGAGCAGGCACAGAGACGUGAUGAAAUGUUGCGAAUGUAUCAUGCCAUUAAAGAAGCUCUGCGCAUUAUCGGGGACAUCAGCACUACCACCAUCACUGCACCCCUGCCUCCCCCAGUUGAUGAUUCCUGGCUUUCUGCCCAGUCAGGAGGUCACAGUCCGACACCUCAGCGUAGACCCCACUCUGCAGUGGGUCCACCAGGUAGACCACCUGGUGUCCGAGGAUCGACUCCAGGUCCUAUGUUAAUACCAACUCCUGUGGGAGGUUUUGGUGCUCCUCCUAUUCCAUCUAGACCUGUUCCCACUAAUGAUGCCUUCGGGGUACCACCUCAGAUUCCUUCCAGGCCAGCACGUAUCCCACCUGGCCCUCCUGGGCUACCCAGAAGACCACCCGCAGCUCCGACCCGGCCCACAAUUAUCCGAACAGCCGAGCAUUCCCUACUGGAUUAAACAGUGGGAUUUAUCCUGUGAAGCAUUUUAUUGUAGGCUAUAGUCGAUGAUUAGCCGACAUAUUCUCACGCAUUUAAUCCGCUGAGGAGCAGUAGUGGUGUGAAGGGCAGGACCCAUGUUUACCAGAGUGUUAUCCAGACCUCUUGGCUUAUCACACUAGCUGGGUGCACCAAGAUGUUCUUAACUGAACUUUAUUUAAAUAUAAUACUGAAAUAUUUGUUGGUUGUUCCCCUAGCACUAAAAUUUGGAGUCAGUUUCUCUCACUCACUGCUCCCUUGAUAUUCUUGAUGAGAAACUUUGCACUCCCUGAAUAAACAGCAAAAUUGUCUCGGUGCCUUUUUUCAUUUGUUGGGAUCAUUGUUCCUAGCAGCUCUGCAUAACUAAAACAAUUACAACUGUUGGCUUGUCCUGUCUCCAGGGAUGUACUUACAUUUUUUUAAUUGCUGUCUCUGAUGCUAUAAGUAAUUGUAGCAGUGAGUGCCAUGUUCGAUGUCCUUGAAAAUACUGGGGAAAUUGAGAGUACAGAGUGGACCUGGGAGUUGUUAAAUUGCAGUGAGGUCAGUAGGCUAACAAUGUGAAAGGGGAAUCAAUGGAAUUAGGGAGUGCUGCAGUAAACUCUCACUCCUACGACCCCCUUCCAGUUGAAGUUCUGAUGGGGUAUUAGAAUGGGUAAAGUGAGAAAUAAAGGUGUGCAAGGCCUGGAUGGAAUAGUUUGAAAGAGAGACCCCAAGCAGGAGGUACUUUUUGGAUCUUGGUUAGGAGUGUGCUCUGAGGAGAGCAUAUCCUAGCAGCGCAGAGGGGGUGGAAGGUAGUGAAAUGGGGGAGAUACCAUGAGCCAGGCAUUGACUGCAAGUUGUUUAUAUUGUAGCUGAUGGGUUGAUUGCGUGAAAAUACAAUGGCUUGAAGAAUCUGAUUACGAUCUUUGAAUUUUUUUAAAAAGUCCAAUGACUGGGUGUUUUUAUUUUCCAGCCAGUGACUGCAGAGCUGAGUUUCAGGGACAUGGAUGAUUUUUGAGUGAUAGGUAACAGACUGAGCUUAGCCAAUGAUGUUCUGUUAGCCUCUUAACACUUGUGUGUGUCCAUCUAUAGAUGUUUACCAUUUAUUCAUUGCUCUAAUUUUGCACUUGUUCGGACUUGUACCUAGCUUCCCAAGGUCUCUGGCUCCUUAGCUGUUGUCACUUUCAAAAUUAACCAUCCUUAAGAUUCGACUAUCUCCAUUAAGUGUUGCUGAAUGGUUUUGAUGGUAAGUUUAUGGUUCACUUCGGCCUAACAACUUGGGUUGGGUAUUUAUGGCAGUUUUAGGUGCUGCAGCUGUUUUCCAAACUCCAAUCUCUGGCUGUUGUUCUCAUCGAUCUAAUACCAGUGUUGCCAGAUUUCAGUCACGGUGACUGGGGACCCAGAAAGAUUGCAAUUUGAGGGUUGUAUUUGCCCAAAGAGGAUGGGAUUUUUGGGCAUUGGUUGCUGAUUUGCAUCUACAUUGAACUGCUGGGUGUUGACUACUCAGUUUCUUGUUUUUGUCGGGUUCAAAGUAUUGUGACUGGGAACCAAGCUAAAUCUGUAUUUGUGGGAUGUGUAUGCAUAGGCCACUGAACAACUUGUGUUCAGUCUGUAAGUGAAGGGUUUAGUGGACAGCCUUUAAGUGGGCUUGGGUGUAGCCACAAGUUACAGCUCAUGAACAAGUUGAUCCAAAUAAAGCAGAACUUUAUAAAUCUGCCUUCAGUCCCUGAGCUCCUUGGCUCACCUCCCACGUAAGGUACUAACUCCAACGUCCUCUGACCUCCCAGUAUGUUAGCCCUUGUUUAACCAGGAUAACCAGCUCCUUCUUGGAUUUUUUUUGCAGCUUGCUCUCAUUCAUUUGCCUUGUUUGAGCACUGCCUUAUCUCGGAUCAAUCUGAAAGCACAGCUGCUUUGAUUGACCCAUUCAGCUAUUUUGAAGCAGCCUCUGUCAGCAUUGUAAAUUAGAAUCAACAACAAAGCACUGGAAAUGCUGAAGGUGGCAUCUGGGAAUUAGACGGCUACACUUGGACUAGUUCUGGUUAAACCUGUUUUGUAUCAGAUGCUAAUUAACUUAGCACAUUUCCAACAUUUUCUGUUAUAUUCCAGUUUUCCAGCAUUGAUCACAGCUGGAAUCCAUUUGCCGAUGAAAAUACUGUGAGAACCACAAAUUCCUGUGUAAACAGCUUGUUCGUCUUUUUGCAAUUAGUGUUGUACGUCCAAGCGUUUGGGAGAUGGUGUCCACAUACUGUUGCUGUUGAACUAAAUUCCUUACCUGGGGAAACUGGACAUCAAAUCAGCUUUCUCUGGUGAAGGCAGGUUUGCUGCAGGAAAUUCUUGCUUUCAUAGAACUUAAAAUGCAACUUGAUUUUUCCUUUUCUCACUCUAAACAAGAAAGAAGAAUAGGGAUUUGUUGAAUGCACUUAAUUCUGUCUCCACGUAAACAAUGGAAUCCAGGUACAACUGGACAGUUUAGGAAAAAAGUAACGGUCUUUUGGAGGGAGUUCUUGAUUGGAUGGGUGGGAGUAUGUUAAAUGUAGUGCUCACUGAUCCUCACCUCAUCACACCCCCCCCCCCCCCCCCCCCCACCUUAGAAAUUAUUCUCUGAACCUCCCUCAAGAUUGUCUUAGUGUCCUGCUGUGGGUGGGACCUCCAGUUUUAUAUAAAAAUGUAUUAGUUACUGGAUAAAAUUAAUUUCUUCAAGUUUGGUGAGGAAAAUCUGCUGCAGGCACUUGAGUCUAAUCCUUGAUGCUUUAUCACAAUUGCAAUAAAGAGAAUGUAACGUGCAAUUUUGGGCAGUGUGGUAUCGUACCAACUGUGGGAAAUUAGCUCAAAGCUCCUUUUGGUUUUUGUAGUCACACAUUUGGCAGAAACUGAUCACGGAUGCUGAAGAUCUUUCUACAAACUACAAUUUCUAAAGAAAAUAACUGAAUUAAUUAAUAUUGAAUUACAAUGUAGUGGCUGAAUCCUUUUCCUGCGAUUACUUCUUCAAAUUCAGGGAUCUGUUAUAUUCAGGACUCAGCUCUAAUUAACAGAUACCUGAACAUUCUCACUCCAGGUGUGUGAUAUACUAUUGACUGUUAACUGAUUUGAAAUGAAGUGCCUACAUUCUGUAUGGUAAUGAACUGAAAUAAAGGGAUGGACAGUAGAAGGAGGCUUCUUCUUGUGUCUUUGUCAUCUGUUUCCCCCUUUUCUCAUUCUGGGAGAGAGAAAAAGCAGUCCCACAAGCUGGCAGAUGGUGAAGGGAUGGAGGCGAUAUGCUUGCUCGCAGAGGCAUGGAAAUAGCCCCCUGGGUGGUAACAGUAAAUAUUCUGAACAGUUUUCAAACUUGGUGCAAUUUCUGGGACGUUGGGACUGUCCUACACUUUGUUUCUCCACUCACCAUUCAGAAACAACAAAAUGUUACUGUUAUUGUAGAUGGUGGACGGUUGAGAUCAUUCAACGGCUGUUGAUACUAAUUUAGAGAAUCUUACAGCACAGAAGAUCUUUUUCAAGUCACUAAUCAAACUCUCAUUAGAAAACUGCUACUGAAUCUGCUCCCAUAUUUCAAGCAGUGCAUUCCAGAUUAAAACACCCGAGUUACUAAAACAGUUCCUUCCUUUUAUCUUAAAGUCUGCAUCUUCUGAUUAGCAAAACAUCUGAAAGUGGAACGUUUCUCUCAUUUCCUUUUAUCAAUGUCCUCUCAAUAGUGAUAACCACCACAAGUUAAUGAAAAAUGACCUGUUAUCACUGAAGCUGGGCUGCUCUGAAAUUGCAUUGGGGCACUAUGGAGUCUGCAGCUAAGUGUAGGUUAACUUAAAAUUAGUGUUUUUCAGAUGAGAUUAUUUUCCCUUUGCAUCUAAUUACUGUUUACUUGUACACGAGAGCAGAACUAUGUCCAUACAACACUUGGACAGGUCAGUGACCAGGCUACAGAAAUACACAAUCUGAGCAAUUCAGCACAGAUUUGUGCUUUAGCUAAUAGAGAUGAGACAACAAAUAUUUCCAUAUCCCUGUGCUGAGAAUUUGGUAUGGAAACUGCUUUUGGUUCAUCAAUUUACAUGAAGCAGCUCAUCUACUUGAGUGAGGCCUAUCUUCCCAGGUAAGAAACAGAUCAGAUGUUCUGUGUGUAUGCACCUUUUGUUGUGUCUGGAAACAUUGUUUUCUUGAUCAGUUUGUUCUAAAUGUUCUGCUUUUCUCUUGUAUCUAGGCGUCCUCCUCCAGCAGUGCCUUCAAGACCUGGCUACUGAAUGUGUCCCACUAUUUUCUACCUGUUUUGGCAGACUAUUUAUGUAAUUACAGUUGCACGUCCAGAUUAUGUGAAAACUCCCCAUCUCAGACUCUUGCCUGCUGCUCCCUACAGUAAUACAAACCCUCAAAGUAGCCUGGGCAAAAAUUGUUACUCUGUCUGUCUGCCAUUACUGUACUCUUCCCUCACUUUAUUUAAAGAAGAUCUGUCUGGUCUGUUUGGGAUUUGUUGGAAGUUACAUUUUUAUUGGAUCUGAAUGUGGGUUUGUACAAUAUUUGACAAUCAACUUGUGCUAAUUUAUAAAUCUUGAUCGAUCUACAGUGAGGCAAUAAGGGUUCCACAUGCUUUAAUGCUGACCGUUGAAGAGUGAAGUUCUGGACCAGAGGCGUUUUAAAAUAAAAUAUAGCUAUAGCUAAAUUGGUUUAAUUUGGGAGUCUGGGAAGGGUCUAGAAAGCUGAAGACAAAAAAAAUCAUAAAAUCUGGCCUGGCAUUUUAUAUAGAUAUUGACAUGAUUUUUGUGGGAUGAUAGCCCCUUAAAGGUCAAGUUAUCUGCCAUAGUGGAGAUCUGCAGAAGAGUUGAAGAAUUUACUGGCUGGGUAAAAGUAAAUUCUGGAAGGUGAGUUUGAUGGGUUUAGUGAAAGACUGCAGGAAUUGCACCCAUGUAUAGCUGUGGUCAAAUUAGGGUUUCCUGCAUGGGGGCACGUUUUAGAAAAAUUUUCCAUUACUCCAGCAUUUGAGUGUGACCACUCCUCUCCAGUUCUUCUACCCAAAGGCAGGAUUAAGUGUGAAACUGGUACAAAGUAUUCUAAAUAACCUUUACAAAUUCUGUAGUGUUGAGACAAGCAGGUGAGUGGUGUGCAAACAGGUAGGAAAGCAGCUCCCACCCUCACCCCAGUUAGAGUCUUCAAUGUUAGGAUUGCAAGCCAAUUUUCUAAUCCUGGUGUAAUUUGUUCCACAUACAACAAAUGAUUCACAAAUGUAAUUAUUAACAAGUUUGCUUUCUAUCCAGUUUCUCACUUUGAAUGUUAAACACAAGUAGAAUCACGUCCAUACACUAUCCACGUACUCCCCAAUUAGGGAAUUUACUUUAUAGGCAACAUUCACUUCAGAAGAGAUUGGGAACAGAUUUGUGAUGAAUAGAAUUUGCAACUGGGGGAAGGCAUGUAGUGGAGCUCCCCCAGGAAAGGUACUAGGACUGCUGCUUUUGUUGAUCUACAUUAAUGACUUAGACUUAGGUGCACAGUGAACAAUAUCAAAAAUUUGUAUUGGCAUGUAUAAAAUGGACUAAAUAGCCUCCUGUGCCAUGAUUAUUGAUCCAUAAGUUCAGCAAUCAAGCAGCGUUUUCUUUAAAUGGUGCUUUUACCUUCUGUAUAUUUUUGCUUUUUGUAAAUUAUCUUGGGAAUAAAAUUAUUUUGUACA